UACUUAAAAAUAAUUUUCACACAAUCGCUCUCUAAAAUACAAAUAUAGAAUCGAGCCUAACUGUGGGAAUAUCUCAGUUGUUGAGUCUGCUGCUAAACCCUAAUUAAAGAGAAUCUCCAAGCCAAGGGGAACGGCGAAUCAUCCUCUCCUUCUCCGUAAUUGGAGUUAGGUUUAGCUUAAUUGCGUCGUCAUGGACAGAUCCGACGACUACACCGACUUCUCCAGUGGUGGUGCGAUGUUUGACGCGUCACAGUAUGCCUUUUUCGGCAAGGAUGAAGUGGAAUUGGGGGGUUUGGAGGAUGGGGAGGAGGUUGUUCGUUCGAUUGGGGGAGGAUUUUGUGGUGGAGAGGAAUUGAAUGAGUAUCAUUUGUUUCAGAAAGAUGAGGGCUCAGGAUUGGGAUCUUUGUCAGAAUUUGAUGACCUGGCAACUACAUUUGCAAAAUUGAACAAAGUUGUUUCAGGACCAAGACAUCCUGGAGUUAUUGGUGAUCGAGGAUCUGGAUCUUUCUCUAGAGAGAGUUCAUCAGCUACAGAGUGGACUCGGGACACAGAUUUUCCGGAAUGGUUUGAUCACCAUGUGUCGGACUCAGAAUGCUACGAAGAAAAUAAGAGAUGGUCAUCGCAGCCCCAUACGUCGUCAAUGUUUCUCCCAGAAUCCAAACCAUUAUGUAGAACAUCAUCCUACCCUCAGAAACAGCCACAGCUGCUUCAUGCUUCAAGCGAACCUAUUUUUCCCCCUAAGUCAUCAUUCACUUCCUUCCCUCCACUGGGUUCACAAGAAACUUCUUUCAAUUUGUCAUCUCUUUCUAGUGGACCUCAGUCACCAUUCUCUGCACAGAACAACCCUCCGCUCAGCUGGUCCAGUUUCCCUCGAGAGUUCCAAUAUAAUGCUAAUAUGAACCUGAUGUCUCCAAAUAUAUCUCAUAAUAAUCAUUUGCAAAACCACUGGAUUAGCCAUGCUGGUGUUCUUCAUGGGGAUCAAUCCAUCCUCCUGGACAAUAUCCUGCAGCAUCAAUAUCAUAAUGGACUAUUACCUCCACAAAUGUUAUCCCCACAGCAGCCAAGACGACACCUUUCUUUUCAACCAUCUUUGGCUCAACUUUCAGCCUUACAAUCUCAAAUGUUUAAUAGUGUUCCUUCUUCAUCAGAUUGGAGCAAAUAUAGAUUCAAUCCGAAGGGCAAGUCAAAAUCUAAAUCAUCACAGAAAGGUAAACAUUCUGUGCGAUUCUCUAAUCAAGGGUCUGAUGCCAGUGUCCACUUGACUGAGAGUAAUUUUCCACAAAUCAAUUCUAAGUACAUGACUGCUGAUGAAAUAGAGAGCAUACUCAAAAUGCAGCAUGCACAUGGAAAUGACCCUUAUGUAGACGAUUACUACCACCAAGCUCGCCUUGCAAAGAAAUCGGCUGAAAUGAAGUCAAAAUAUCGUUUUUGCCCACCUGUCCCUCGGGAACAGUCUACUCGAUCCCGUAACAGUAUUGAAUCACAACCACGUCUUCAGGUUGAUGCUCUUGGAAGGGUUUCUUUUUCUUCAAUUCGCAGGCCUUGCCCUCUUCUUGAACUUGAACCCCCUCCAUGUGCCUGUGGAGAUAGUGGUUCUGAGCAAAAAGUAUUCGAUAGGACUCUGGAGCAGGAGCCUAUGUUUGCAGCAAGGGUGACAAUUGAGGAUGGGUUUUCUGUCCUUCUAGAGGUGGAUGACAUCGAUCGUCUUUUACAGGCUACUCAACCUCAGGAUGGUGGACACCAGUUAAGGCGAAAGCGCCAUAUCCUCUUAGAAGGAUUAGCCACCUCUCUGCAGUUGGUUGACCCACUUGGUAACAGUGCCAAUUCAUUCAGCCUAACUCCCAAGGAUGAUAUUGUGUUUCUAAGGAUAGUGUCGGUUGGCAAGGGCCGGAAACUCAUUUCAAGGUUUCUUCAGCUUCUUUUACCUGGUAGUGAACUUGCUCGAAUAGUAUGCAUGGCUAUCUUCUGCCAUCUAAGAUUUCUGUUCGGGGGCCUACCAGAAGAUGCAAAAACAGUUAAUGAUCUCGCUGAAACGGUCUCAAUAUGCAUUGGUGGUAUGGAUCUUAAUUCCCUUAGUGCUUGUCUUGUUGCUGUUGUUUGUUCCUCCGAGCAGCCGCCCCUUCGUCCAAUCGGCAGUCCUGCUGGAGAUGGUGCCGCGGUCAUCCUGAAGUCAGUUCUAGAACGAGCUACUCACUUACUGAGAGAUCCCCUUCCAGCCAGCAACUUGAGCACGCCUAACCGUGCCCUUUGGCAGGCGUCGUUCGAUGCUUUCUUCGGCCUCCUGACGAAGUACUGUGUCAGCAAGUAUGAAAGUAUAGUGCAAUCUCUGAUCUCUCAAGACAAGGACAUCGGUUCGGAGGCUGCAAGAGCCGUGAGCGGAGAGAUGCCGGUGGAGGUUCUGCGUGCGAGCAUACACCACACGAGCGAGAGCCAGAAGAAAGUGUUGCUGAAUUUUGCGCAACGAUCGAUGCCUGCCACGGGGUUAAGCUCGCAGGGUGGUGGACAAGUGAAUCCUGAAUCGGUGUGCUGUGAACUGUAAAUGGUUUGCUGUGCUUCCCUUGUCAACCGCAUCUGCUGCUGCUUUGGAGGUUUGGCAGAAUUUUAGUGCCUCUGCAGUUUGUCGUUUGGGAAGAAAUGCCUUCAUUUUCAAAUAAGUGGAGUAAUAAAUUUCUUGCAAGCUUUGGAUAAUGUCAAAGCUCUCUUUCUAGUAUUUAAUUAUUGUUAUUGUUAUUGUUAUUGUUAUUGUUAUUGUUAUUUAUGGAGAGGUGUCAAUUGUGUAAAGUCUGGAUUAGCAUUUUGCCAUUUUCAGUGUAAAUGUACAGGUAUCAUUGAGAAAAACGGCGAGAUUAGGGAUCUCUCUCUUUUAUUA